GACCAUCGCAUAACUUGCUCGCUCGUUCGGACACACUUCUCGUGCACUGCAAGGAGGAGGACGUCGUCAAUCUAUAUCUCUCCGUUUCUCGGCGACGCAGGCGAUUCGCGUUUUCUCGUUCUUCGGCCCGUUCGGCGAUUGGUUGGAGAGUGCGCUCGAGCCCUAAUUGUCGAGCGUUUCGAUCCACAACUCGAAGAAGAAGAGGAAGAGGACGAGGAGCUUGUUGAAGAGGAAGUUUCUAGUAGCUUCGUGGGAUUCCAGCUGGAUUUCCUCCUCUGUCUCUCUCACCAGGUGUCUCAUAGGUACUACAAAGUGUAAGUGUGAUUAGCUAGGAACAAUUGACCUUGAAAAGGUUUUGGGAACUCUCUUGAAUGGGGACCGGGGAAGAAAGCACAACUCCUAAGCCUUCCAAACCUACCUCUUCAACUCAGGAAAUACCAACUACACCAUCGUAUCCUGAUUGGUCAAGUCCUAUGCAGGCUUACUAUGGCCCUGGAGCAACACCACCUCCUUUUUUUGCUUCUACGGUUGCUUCUCCAGGUCCUCAUCCUUAUUUAUGGGGAAGCCAGCAUCCUUUGAUCCCACCAUAUGGCACGCCAAUGCCAUACCCUGCCAUAUAUUCUCCUUAUGCCCAUCCUAAUAUGGCUCCGACUCCAGUUGCAGCACAAACCAAUGUAGAACCAGAUGGGAAAGGUGCUGACGGAAGAGAUGGAGCUUCUGCUAAAAAAUCCAAAGGAACUUCUGGAAACAGCAGUUUGGUUGGUCGGAAGGCUGCAGAUGCUGUAAAGGCUACUUCAGGCUCAGGAAAUGAUGGGGCAUCCCAGAGUGGUGAUAGUGGUAGUGAGGGUUCAUCUGAUGGAGAUGAGGACAACAGCCAACAGGAAUUCGCUGCAGGUAAGAAGGGGAGCUUUGAUCAGAUGCUUGCGGAUGGAGCUAAUGCACAAAAUAAUACGCCAAUAAUGCAAGCUUCUGUAACAGGGAAGCCUGUAGUCCCCACUCCUGCAACUAAUUUGAAUAUUGGAAUGGAUUUGUGGAAUUCAUCCUCUGCUGGUGGAGCUGCAAAGAUCAGGCCAAAUCCUGGUGCUGCUUCAUCAACUCUUGUCCCAACAGGAAUGAUGCCUGAUCAAUGGGUUCAAGAUGAACGCGAAUUAAAAAGGCAGAAAAGGAAGCAAUCUAACAGGGAGUCAGCUAGAAGGUCAAGACUACGAAAGCAGGCGGAGUGUGAAGAACUACAAGCUCGGGUGGAGACACUGAGCAAUGAGAAUCGCACUCUGAGAGAUGACCUUCAUAGGCUUUCAGAGGAAUGCGAGAAACUUACAUCUGAGAAUAGUGCUAUCAAGGUUUUGGAUAGAACAGACUGUUGCAAUCGGUUCUCUCGUUCUUUUCUAACCCGCACUCUUGAAUUACCAGUGCUAUCUUGGUGCCGGCGGAUAGUGCAGAGCUGGCAAAUGGACGCAUUUCAUUUAUUCACGUCUGUUUCUGUGCAUCUUUUUUCAUUUCUGUUUUGAUGCUUGGUUAACAGGAGGAAUUAACCAGACUCUGCGGACCAGAUGCAGUCGCGAACCUUGAACACAACUCCACUUCAGUCCUUCAAUCACGCAGAAGUGAGAACAGUUGAAGGAGAGAGUCUCUCUCGAGAAUAAUGAAACACGGUAUGGCAGCAGAAAUAACAUUGACCUUGUCAUACUAUUCUAUUGACACGGCAACUCGGCACGGAUCUCCUUUGUCUCACUGAUCAUAUACCCUUGACCCCUUUCUUUCCGUAACUGUAAUUCUAGUAUACAUAGUUUCUUCUUAAGUUUGAGCCAUAGUAGACAACAUGCACAUUGCCUGUAACACUAAUUGGCCAGAGCAGAUGAGGACGGAUCUGGAGGUUACAACACACUAUUGCACUUUCUCUUUUCUUAUGAAGUGCUGUCGUCCGUAAUCCUUUGUAUCAUGAAGCAGUUGUGAUAUCUUGCCCAAUUCUUUGUAUUUCAAUGAAUACUCGUCUUCCUUUUUGAAUUGGAGAUUUGUUUGGUCCA